AUGUCCCCUCUGCAGCCCCUUCUGCUCCUGCUGCUGCCCCUGUGCCCCGGGCCAGGGGGCGAGGCCAAAGCCACUCGGAGCUGCGCAGAGACCCGGCAGGUGCUGGGGGCCCGGGGUUACAGCCUGAGCUUACUGCCUCCCACACUGAUCUCUGGUGAGCAUCUCCGGGUCUGCCCUCAGGAAUACACUUGCUGCUCCAGUGAAACAGAGCAGAGGCUCACUCGGGAGACAGAAGAUACUUUUCGGGGUCUGGUGGAAGAGAGCGGAUCCUUUCUUGUCCAUACUCUAGCUGCUCGACAUCGGAAAUUUGAUGAGUUUUUCCAGGAGUUGCUCUCUGCAUCUGAACGCUCCCUCUCCCAGUUGUUCUCUCGAUCCUAUGGCCGCCUGUUUGUCCAGCAUGUACCAGUGUUCAGUGGGCUCUUCUCACAGCUACGUGGCCAUUACCGGGGAACCAGUGCAGGAUUAGAUGAUGCCUUGUCUGAAUUCUGGGCUCAACUCUUGGAAAGGGCAUUUCCCCUGCUUCAUCCACAGUACAGUUUUCCCCCUGACUACCUGCUUUGUCUUGCCCGCCUCUCUACAUCCCCAGAUGGCCAGCUACAGCCCUUUGGGGACUCACCUCGACGCCUCCGCCUGCAGGUUACUCGAGCUCUUGUAGCUGCUCGUGCCUUCAUCCAGGGACUGGCAACUGGAAGAGAUGUGGUCAGCUCAGCACUUAAGGUGUCGAUGUCUGAGGGCUGUGUCCGGGCUGUGAUGCGUCUAACUGGUUGUCCUCUGUGCCGAGGGUCGCCCUCUCUGCGGCCCUGCCGGGGCUUUUGCCUCAAUGUGGCUCGAGGCUGUCUCAGUACCGGGGGGCUAGAGCCGGACUGGGGGAGCUACUUGGACACACUCUUGCUUCUGGCAGAGAGGCUCCAAGGUCCCUUCUCCUUUGAGUUAGCAUCGGAGUCCAUUGGAGUGAAGAUCUCUGAGGGUUUGAUGUUUCUGCAGGAAAACAGUAUGGGGAUCUCAGCCCAGGUGUUUCAGGGAUGUGGGGGUCCUCAUCCAGCCCCUGCCCGUUCUCGGAGAGCUCCUUCACCCCAGGAUGAGGUUGGUCAACUGUGGACAUUUCCUCUUGAGGAGGAGUGGCCCACCACAGCAGCAGGAACCAAUUUGCCCCGGCUGGUGUGGGAGCUCCGGGAGCGGCUGAGCCGGGUCCGGGGUUUCUGGGCAGGGCUGCCCCUGACACUGUGUGGAGAUCCACGGAUGUCAAUGGAUGUUACAGAAGAGGCAAUGCCCUGCUGGACGGGGGCUGGAUGGGGACGGUACCUGCCACCUGUAGUAGGAAACUCCUUGGCAGAACAGCUCAAAAACCCAGAGUUGGAAGUGGACAUCUCAGGUCCCAGCCUCUCCACCAGACGGCAGAGACUGCAGCUUCGGGCAGCCACAGCUCGAAUGAGGGCAGCAGCUCUUGGGCAUGACCUGGACCUUCAAGAUGCAGAUGAGGAUGCUAGUGGUUCUGGGGAAGGGCAGCACUAUGCAGAUGACUGGACAGCAGGAGCAGCAGCUGUGGCCCCACCAGCCCGGCCCCCAAGAAGGGACACCCCUAUGGGUAAAGGUGGUGGUGGCAGCAGUAGUCGCUACAACCACAAUGGUGCCAGGAGCCAAGUGACUUCUGGGAAUCUUCCUACCCACCCUUUUCUCUUUCUCUUAACCCUAACUCUGGUCCUGCUUGGGUCUCAAUAA